AAUUUCGCUUCUGCUUUGAGCUUUGAAGGGCAGUGGAGGCCUGCUGGCGCGUAGGAGUCAGGUGUCGCAGCAUCUCUGUCGGCGUCAUGUCUGCGAGUCAGCCCAUCACGGUCAAGUUCGAGGGCUCUGAGGACACUCUGACCAUAUCAGAGGCCGUGGCGCAGCAGUACACCUUCUUCCAAGCCGUAAGGAACCGAUCAUGGCACUGCAUGUGCUGCUGGGUGCAAGAUCUGACUGCCUUCGUGUGUGUGUUGUGCUGUAGUUGCUGGACGGCGGUUUCCAGGAGCCGGCUGAGCGGACAGUGACGCUCAAGGAAAUCUCUAGGCCAAUCGCUGCCGUCGUGCUGCAGACGAGGAAUGACAUGCUCAAAGAUAUCACGCGAGAGGUACCGAUGCACACUGCCGUCUUUCCCUUGUCGCAUGCUGCUGUCACUCAUUGCGCGUGUGUCUGUGCUAGAAUCUGUUGGAUUGCUUGUCGGCGUUGGAUUUCCUCAAUUGUUUGCAAGACGACCGACCGAAACUCAUCGACAACGUCGGCAGGAAGGUACAAUGGGAGGGAGGGGGAGCGGACAUAUCUCACUCGAUGUAUUCCUGUCAGGUGUUGCGCAAUCGUUGGCACGAUGACCAGGACCUCUGCCGAGCGAUGCUCAAAAUGGCAUUCGACAGACCACUCAUCAGGUAUGACACACCCAACGUCACAACUCAUUCUGUGUUGUUGACUUCCUGAGCCUUGAUUGGUUAUCAGGUCAUUGAUUGGUUGGCAUUAUGACCUGGGCAGAGCCUGCGCCCCCUACCUGGUGGAGAAUGCGAAACAAGUGGCCGCCCAGUGGGCGGUCAGCUCAUCGGAUGCUGAUAUCGGCAUCAGGGCAUUCAUCAUUGGCUUGCUGGGAGACCUCAAACGGCUCAUCGACACUAACGCCGGCUCCAUGCGACUCGAGACACUCAAACGAUUCUGGUGGACGCCACCGCCACAUCGAACUUCAACGAGGCGGUGAGUCCGUCCGUCAGAAGAGGGAAAAGGAGGGCUCAUCCGCCUCCUUCAUCCUGCCCCCCCCCCUCCCCCCGUCUCUCUCUCCCUGGUGUGUAUGUGUGCAGGCAGCCGCCUUCUUCGAGUGUGGUCGGCUCUCCAGCGAGCAUGGAUGCGAGAUCGAAGCGCCAGGGAGCGCGGGCUGGACCGACCUCGGUAAUCUCCGAGUUCGCUUGCACAGCAGCAGCGAGGCAACCGAAGACUCCGGAGGCGCUUCCUACUACAUCCGGCAGGGCGACGUCAACGACACGUCGACCAUGCUUCUCAGCAACGUUCGUUCAUUCGAGAUGAACAGCGCAUACGUCCACCAAUCGGACUCCCAGAGAGUCUUCUGCUUCUCAUUGUCCGUCAAGAUGUCCAUCGGCGAUGGCGGCAAUGGCGGCGAUGGCGAUACUAUCACCAACUUCAAGGCCCACCAGCGUGAUAUUAUUCCCUUCAUCCGGACUGUUGGGCCCCUCGGCCCUCUGCACAUGCUUGUCGAUCACGCAGACGGCAUGAUGGCCACCAUCCUGACAUCGAUCAUGGAGGACAGCGGGUGUGAUGCGGUGGGGGAGGGAGGGAGGCCCCCCAAGCGACGGAGAGUGGAGGUGUGAGCCACGGACGGACCGACCGAUACGUAGAUAGAUAGUGACAGGUGGUGUUUGGUGAGCGUGUGGACUCAGUCGCCUCGCUGCUGCUGAUCAGUGUGUAUUGGUAGGGGUUCGUAUUUCAGCUGGCUGAUUGGUAUGUUUUGAUGUGCAUGGCCAACUGACCGACAGUGGCAGGUGAAUUCAUCCAUGGAUCACAGUGGUUGUCCAAUGGUGUCUGUGUCUCAAUCGAUCGAUGCUAGCUGGGUGUAGUGCAGACAGACACACAGACACGUCACACACCACUCAAAACCACCACAGCGCCCAGGCAGGCGCGCAGGCAGGUAUGAAUACGUAUCUGUGAACGGCUGGCCUUUCUCGAAGAGGCAACGUGACGGUCUAUCCUCGGGAGACACUCAGACUAAGUCACUGAAAAAACAGUUUCUAGAAAGCUGUGCCCUCAGGCGUUUGUGAGUGUGUAUGUGCCACCAUGUGUGUG